CCUUUAAAAGUCGUUCCAGAUUAGGGUUUGGCUCACUUGAGUAUUUUCAGCUUUGCAGCUCCUCAGACCCCUUCAUUCCUCCAGUUGCAGCAGCGAGGCAACUUCGUUAUAUCACCAUGGGGAAGACACGUGGAAUGGGAGCUGGUCGUAAACUGAAGUCCCACCGUCGGAGGCAGAGGUGGGCCGACAAGUCUUACAAGAAAUCUCAUCUUGGUAAUGAAUGGAAAAAGCCAUUUGCAGGAUCAUCUCAUGCCAAGGGGAUUGUUCUUGAGAAAAUCGGUAUUGAAGCUAAGCAGCCUAACUCUGCCAUUAGAAAGUGUGCUAGAGUUCAAUUGAUAAAGAAUGGGAAGAAGAUAGCUGCUUUUGUACCCAAUGAUGGUUGUUUGAAUUACAUUGAAGAGAAUGAUGAGGUGUUGAUCGCCGGAUUUGGUCGUAAAGGGCAUGCUGUGGGAGAUAUUCCUGGUGUUAGGUUCAAGGUUGUGAAGGUGUCUGGUGUGUCACUUUUGGCUCUCUUCAAAGAGAAGAAAGAGAAGCCCAGAUCUUAAUUAUUACUUUGAGGUCAAGUGCAAGUGUCUUCUGAAUGAAUUUUUGUUAGGAUCAAAAUACCAUUUUCUUUUCUUUUUCCCUAAUUUUCAACUAGUAUAGUUUGUCAUGCAUGUCCAUGAAAAUACCCAGGACAUUUGUUUCACCUUCUGAAAAUGAAUGAUGUUGUGUGGAAUUUUGGAUCAAGCUGUUGGAAGUUGAAAGCAAUUAGUUUUCCUUACCUAUAUAAGAGUUCGAUAUUGAA